AUGAAUCAACAGCAGGAGCCGCAACAGCAGCAGGAGCCACAACAGCAGAAGCAGGAGCCACAACAGCAGCAGCAGCAACAACAACCAUCAUCACAACUACAAAUGAAUGAUGACCAAAAAAUGUCCAAUGAACAAACUGAUACAGAUGAUUGUCAGUCGAAUAAAGAAUUUUUUGUGAAGAUCCGUGGCAUAUUAUGGUCAACUACAGCUGAUGAAAUAAUCAAAUUUUUAAGCACAUUGGGUGAAGCAAAGGUUAAAGGUGGUGCUUCUGGAGUACAUUUUACUAUGACUAGAGAAGGAAAACCUAGUGGUCAAGCUUAUGUUGAAAUGGAAUCCGAAGAAAAUCUUAAGGCUGCUCUUGAGAAAGAUGGAGAGCAUAUGGGCAGUCGUCCCUUUGAAGUAUUUCCAUCAAAGCGUUCAGAAAUGGAACGGGUUUUUAAAAAAACUGGUUCAACACUUGACAGUAAACUAUAUGAUAAUUGUGUUCGCUUAAGAGGUCUUCCCUUUGAUUCUACUGUGGAUGAAAUUGUAGAAUUCUUCCAAGGGUUGAAGAUGACACCAGACGGUAUAACCAUGCCAACCGACUUCACGGGGCGGAGUACAGGGGAAGCUUUUGUACAAUUUGUAAGCCGAGAGAAUGUAGAGGAAGCUCUGCAGAAACACACGGAGAAAAUAAGACACAGAUAUAUUGAGGUAUUUCGCAGUAGCUUAGCAGAAAUUCGCAACCAAGCACUGCAAAGAAGACCAAGACAAUUUCCAUAUUAUGACCGAAUAGAUUGUUUUUGUGGUGGCAGAGGAUGGUACUUUGAUAUGUCCAUGAGAACUGGACGUAAUAUGAAGUAUUUUGGCAGUGGUAGAAGUAUGGGUGGACCAAGAGGCGGUGGCAGAGGUGGCCAUGGUAUGAUGGAAGGCAGUAGUGGAGGUGGCAGAGGAGGAUGGAAUAGUAAUAACUGGAAAUCUCCACCAAGUAGACCAUUACAUGUUGUAAAUAUGAAAGGAUUACCUUUUAAAGCAAAUGAGGAUGAUAUAGUUACAUUUUUUGGACCAUUGGAGCCCGUUGAUAUAUAUUUUCUUUUCAAUAACAAUUAUCGACCAUCUGGAGAAGCAAAUGUUGAAUUUGUCAGCAUAGAAGAUGCAGUAUUGUCAAAAGAUAAUACAUUUAUGCAACAUAGAUGCAUUGAACUGUUUAUGUUAGAUAUCUAA